CUUUCAGCUACAUUGGUACCUCAGGAUCCAAGGUAUCCAUAAUCCGGCUGGGAACCGAACCUCAUCUCAUGUGGUUGUGCAUGAAGAAGGGAGGAGAAACUGGAAAGGGGCAAAUGUCAACACACACAGUCGGCCGGAUCAUGAGGGACUUUGCAUGCCUACUCGGGUUAGAGAAAACGCCAAUCACAUAUUUUCUCUGACACUUGUUACAUGCUUUCUCACGGCUUUCGGUCUCGGGUAGGACAUUGUGUCUUGGCCUCUUUUCCGUUGCCCGUUGCCCGUUGCCCGUCUCCUCUGUUGUUGUUGUUGAUGUUGACAUUUUUUUUCUAUUUGACAGGGCAACGGGAACUGUUCUCCUCUUGCUCUUCUAGAUCGUCUCAGGACUAUCAACACUGCCUAUCAUAUUCUUGUCAGAUAUCUGAAUACGACGCGUCUAUCCUCUACGGCACUGCCGGUAGCCAACCGGUCUUGUUGCCCGUCACCCCACUGUCAGUCAGUAUUCCGAGUUUCAAGACGCUGAUAACCUGGGGGAUCGUCUGCUGCAAGAGUGCGCUGUCUUGCUGCUGCAAAGCGAAUCAUCCGCCACCACCUAAACAGAAAGGGUCGCAGUCUUGGUCCGACCAAGGUCUUCAAACGACCUCGCCUCCAGUCGGGAAAACUGGGUCCCGGAACGGCCACGCCGUCUUGGACUGGUCGACGAGGCAUUGGGCCGCUGCAAGCUGCAGACCACUGCUGCCAAAGGGGCCAAGCGGGCCCGCAUUCGAGCCACGACAGUUCCAGAGGACAGACCUGAGACUGGAGUGCAUUGGGAGUGGCAUGGACUGGCCAUUUUGCCUGCCCAUCAACACUCUCUUGCUUGAUCCGUCCGGACCGUUCUGCUGCUGCACGGAAUCCUCACUCCUGGCUCCUCUUUUCACCUCUCACCCCUCUCAACUCCUGCUUCUCCUCCUUCUUCUCCCAUUCAUCAGUCGUGUUUUCCCUCAUCCUCGUUCGCCAUCUCAUCCUGCACACUGCGUGGUCGCGCUGCUGUGGUGUUUCCCCUCCGGUACCUUGUUGACUUACAUACAUACUACCUACAUCCACAUACAUCCACCUGCGGAUCCGCCUGCUUGCUCACUUCUUCCCGCCUGUGCUGCUUGCCUGCUUCUCGUUGAUUGAGUGGAAUCGACUUUGAUACAUCAGAAACCUUCCAACAGUCACAAAAGUCAAUCGUCAGGAUGGAUCCCGAUUGCGCUAUUUGCCAUGCUCCGGCAACCGUUGCCUGUGACUGUGAGGCCAAGGGCCUCGAGAUGGCCGUCAAG